AUGACCAAGCCAGUUCUUUACUCCUUCUACAGAAGCUCGGCGUCUUACCGCGUCAGAAUAGCACUGGGCUUAAAAUGUAUUGACUAUGAAUAUCGGGCAGUUAACAUGGUUGCCGAACCUGGUGAGCAAUAUGCAGAAGCCUAUAAGAAACUUAACCCGAAAUGUGAAGUUCCCACUCUGCUCAUCGAUGGCGUUGUUUUGACGCAAUCAUUGCCUAUCAUGGAAUAUCUUGAGGAGACACGUGGUGAUCAAGGUUGUUCUCUGCUUCCAAAAGACCCCGUGAAGCGCGCCAUUGUUCGCAAAUUGGCCGAACUCAUCAACUCAGGUAUACAACCUCUGCAAAAUCAUUCAGUGAUGCGCUAUCUACCACCUGAAGUCUCUCGAGAGGAAUGGGCUAGCCAUUGGAUCAAUAGAGGUUUCCAAGCUUUGGAGUCGGAACUGAAACAAUGCGCUGGAAAAUAUUGCUUUGGCGAUGAGCUCUCUAUGGCAGAUAUUUGUCUGGUUCCUCAAGUGUUCAAUGCUCACCGUUUCCACGUUGAUAUGACUCCUUAUCCGAUCAUCUCCCGGAUCGCUGCCACCCUUCAACAAAUCGAGGCUUUCAAGAAGGCAGCCCCUGCCGCCCAGCCCGAUGCUGUCUGAUCCCAAUUCCUCCGUGCUGCCAACUAACGGCUUUUUGCUUUUUCAUGAUCUGCAUGAUGGUGAUUGCUCGCUUCUUUCCACAUGCCACUGUUUCUCACAACUUUAUAUGACAAGCUUAAUUUUGGAUCCUAUUCAUCAAUGAUUUACGUUGAUCAUUUUUUGGAUAAAAUCCGUCAAUCGAUCUUA